AUGACAAGCAGAGGCACAGCUCGGCCCAAUGGCCAGCCCCAGGCCAGCAAGAUCUGUCAAUUCAAACUUGUCCUGCUGGGGGAGUCUGCAGUAGGCAAGUCUAGCUUAGUGCUGCGCUUUGUCAAGGGGCAAUUCCAUGAAUACCAGGAGAGCACCAUUGGAGCCGCCUUCCUCACACAGUCCGUCUGUCUUGAUGACACAACAGUCAAGUUUGAAAUCUGGGACACAGCAGGACAGGAACGAUACCACAGCUUGGCGCCUAUGUACUACCGGGGUGCCCAGGCUGCUAUUGUGGUCUAUGAUAUCACCAACCAGGAAACCUUUGCCCGAGCAAAGACAUGGGUGAAGGAACUACAGCGACAGGCCAGUCCCAGCAUUGUCAUUGCCCUGGCAGGAAACAAGGCUGAUUUGGCCAACAAGCGCAUGGUGGAAUAUGAAGAGGCCCAGGCAUAUGCAGAUGACAACAGCUUAUUGUUUAUGGAGACAUCGGCCAAGACAGCCAUGAAUGUUAAUGACCUCUUCUUGGCAAUAGCUAAGAAAUUGCCCAAGAGUGAACCUCAGAGCAUGGGGGGUACAGCAGGCCGAAGCCGGGGAGUGGAUCUCCAUGAGCAGUCGCAGCAGAACAAGAGCCAGUGUUGUAGCAACUGAUGGGUGGCUGGCAGCAAAUGAGUGUGGAGCAAUCACGAGAGCUAAGACAUAACUUCAGUCCCCACCCCUCAGCACACAGCCCGAGCCCUGGCUCCCAAAGGCCGCCUCCCAACAGCUCCAUCAUGGCACUUGUUAAUGCUUCAGCAACCAACAACAGGCAGCUGUUGCCACCGGCCUCCCACCCUCUGCCCUGGGGCUUAAGGGGGUGGUUUGUUCCCCACUGGAACUUACCUUCCAAAACAAACUUUCUUCACUUUGUAUUAUAGGUGCAAGACAAUAACCUACUUAUCUAUCUUUCUCUUCCCACCCUUUGUCCCCAUGUCUUCAGAUAACAUUUUUGUCACUUGCUCCUUUUGCUUUCCAUCAAUAACUGGUUUGGGUCCCUUUCCCCACCUUGAAGUUCCAUCUCCCCAGGGUUGGAGAAGUGAACUUGAGAUCUGAGAAGAAGUUAACAGCAUAUCCACAUUGGUAACCUGGGGGUGGGGGUGGGGGUGGGUGUCCUUGCAGGGAAAUGGCUUCUUUUUGUCAUUAUAUAAUGGGGAUUUCCCACGUUUGAAGAAAGCUGCAGUGUCCAAGAUCUUCUUCCCCUGCCCCGGGGUGGGUAUUGGGAAACUUCUGGAGAAGGAUGCAUAUAGGGAGAAAAGUUGCAGGGUCCUGUGGAAUUAGCUAACCUGGGCAGAGGAAGAGGCUUGGGGCUCCCUCCUCAGGAGCUCUAUAGUACUUUCUCUGCCUUUAUUUCCCCUCUGCCUUUGGGGGCUCUUCCCCCAUGGUGAUUCAGCCCCAGGGUCUUCCAAAGAACCGUUAUUGGGUGCCUUUUUCUUGGCUCUGCUGUGGUCUAGUUAGAGGAGGGACCAGUCUCUGAUACCCAUCCUCUGAUUGAUAUCCAUAUAGAAUUGUUUUCUGACACCCAUCCUCUCCCAACCCUGUCUCGCUGCAGUUUGCACUUUAGUUGAUGGUUGCUUUAUUUGGGAUGCUUAUUUUAUGGGGUUUUUAAACACACCAUGGAAAGAGAGGUUGUAUACAGAGAGUGAAAAAGGGCAGUGACAGCUACCCAGGCCAAACCUUCUCCUCCUCAGCCCUAUCCCCAGACUCUUAUUCCUCUCUACCUUGUCCACUCCACAACCCUUCAUUGUGCUUGAUUCCAUGACACUGAAGAACUGGUGGGGAGACUGAGAUUGGAGAGUGCUCAGGGAAGCACAGGCCAAGAUAGAAUAAGGCACGUCCCAGGCAAGAGGCAGGCGUAUGGGGUGAGGAAGGGAUGGCCACCUUGCCCUCAAAGGGGAGUCACCUGUUCUGAUGCCCUACCCUUUUCUACUUCCCUGUAAAUAAGUAUGAUGAUCUCUUCCCCACUGUACAGUCCGUCAUGUCACAGGUUCUUCUGUAAGGAUCCCUAACCUUAACCUCCUGCCCCUACUUAUUUGGUUUAUUCCUGGAUACCUCACUCCUGAGAGGGAUGACAAGUCAUUCUAUCUUAUCCCUUACAAUAUUCCUAGGAGAUACGGCCUGUGAAGCCCCAUCUCCCCUCCAUUGUACCCUGUUCUCUCCAUGGGUGUUGUAAGCCACAAAGUCCUAGCUAGCUGUAGCCCCUGUACGUACCAUACCAGCUGCUCUUCUGGCCAGUGUCAGAAGUGGCUGGUGUCAAGAGUUUCUUCUUUUACUCCACCAAAAGGGAUUAACACUUGCUGGAUUCAGAGUAUAGAUCUCUGAGGUGAAGGUAGGUGGAAAGGGGCCUGGGCCUAGAGCAUUUGGCGAAAACUGGCAAGGGAGGGAGCAAAUUCCAGAAGAAGGUAGAAAAUUAUUAUUGCUCCAGGUUUCCUCUUGUUCAUUAUUAGGAAGGUGGUCUGAUAUUUAGGAGAAAGCUAUACAGGACCAUGGCUGACUUCUGGGUCCCAAGGCUUGGAGUCCUACCUGUUUUCUAGGCCUACAGACACUUGAACUGCCUUACCUGCCUCAAAUAUAUACAUGUACCAAAAAAGCUAUGAAAUUUAUAACCCCAAGACCUGGUUGGCCCAUCUUGGGCCCUUCAACUGAGCUUCUUCCAGUAGCAUCCUUAAUUGCCCAGGGGCCUAGUAGAUUAUUUUUCCUAACUUUUAGGUUGCUAUCAAUUCAUCAAAUACCCAAACACCCACUGUUCUUCCAAGAAUCUAGGGAACCAAGAGGAAUCACUAGGCUUCUGCAUAUCUAUGUGUCUCUUCCUUAGGAUGAAAGUAUCUCUGCCUUGAGAUUGGAGUCUGUUUCUCUGAAGAUUCUCUUCUCUACCUCCCAUCUCCCCUUCUCCCCCAUACAUACAAACAUACACAGAACAAGAUUGGCCUUAGCUUUGGCUUGUCUACUGCCUUCCCACUACUUCCAAUCCCACCCAUCCAACUUUUUCUGCUUGCCUCUGGGCUCAGUGAAACUGUAGCUUUACUGAGCUUUGGGAGUUUUUUAAUUUUCUGCCUAUUUUUCCUGAUCAAUUGUUUUUAUGGGGUUUUUUUUUUUGAGACUUUUUGCUUCCAAAAAACCAUUUGUCUUUUCUCCCUUUCCCUAAAUAUAAUAACAAUCGUGGUAACAGAAUGCACCUGCUGAUUUACCAAUGUAUUUAAUGUAAGUAAAAAAGAAAAGAGGGGAAAAAAGAGGAAAAAA